UCCAGCCAGGAUUGCAGAAAAAAUUCCUGCUCUCCAGCGAGCACAACUUUUUCUGUCAACCCUCCUGGUGUGCAGACAGAGCUAUGCUCGCAGGAGGGCUCAGCUGCUGCUCUGCACAUCUCAAGGAGGAGGUGCAAUAGCCACCAGAGAAGAAAAAAUAGCUUAUCCAGAAUCACUUUACAUGAUUGAGGCAGGGAGAGAGCUGUGCUCACAGGGAAAGAACAGCAGCAGACCUAAGGCUGCUGUUUUUUGGGAUUCCACAGAGCUAUUCCAAAAAAGCAGAAGUCAAGCCAGUGAACAUGCAGAAAAAAAUAGCCAAACUGGGAGACAAAGCCUCUGCUCCAAUCCUCUGCUUCUUUCCAGCUAUAUUAAACUAUCUUCACAGGACCAAAAAGAGACUCAAAAGACAGAAGCUGCUUGGAACCUUGUUGGGAAGGGCUGGCUCUGGAAGCCUGUCCUCCUUCCAGCUGCAGCAUAUCCUGGGGAGAAACCUUCAGGCUUAACCUUGAGGAGCCACCUCCUGGUAUCCACCUCCCACUGAAGCUGUUUUGGUCAGAGCCCUGCUCUUUCUUCACCUGGCUGUGGCAGGAAAGUUCAAGGUGUCCUGGCAGCAGGAAGCUCCCUUGCUCCACCCUCUGCUCAGCACAGCAGCUCCCUGAGCUCAUCGAGGGUUUGCUGCCCCAGACCUGCCAGCGACAGCGACCUGCUCUGUGCGACACCGACACCGGAGUGGGAGCGGGACCCUCGGCAUGAAGCACCUCUGCUGUGAGCCCUGGGCAGCCCUCGCUGUGCUUUGCCUCACCGCUGCCCUCUGGGAUUCCUGCUCAGCAGCAGCUGAAGACACCUCCAAUGUUUCAACAACUGACUACGAACCACCAUGUCUUAACGUGAACUUCUGCAGGCAAGCGGCCACGUGCUGCCCUUCGGGCAUGGAUGACUACGGGUGGAUCGCAGCGGCCGUCGGCUGGAGCCUCUGGUUUCUGACCCUCAUCCUGCUCUGCAUGGACAAGAUCCUGAAACUCCGGCCUGAUGAACCCAAAUACUUGGUGGCCUGAAGCACUGGGGAGCAGCGAGGCACAGGCAGACUGAUAAAGCAUUUCAAACACUUGCUAAGAAACAAAAAAGAAAUGGAAAACACCUUCAGCCAAAGAAGGCCAGAUCUAAGCAGGGCAGCUGCAGAGGCUUCACCCUCUUUGGCAGGCUGGAGCUGCCAGCCAAGGUGUGGAGCAGGCAAGUCUCUGCAAGUCACCACAUAUGUGCCAUGGUGCAAAAACCCCCACUUCUCCCUGAGCCCUCUCACGAGCACAGCAGCAGCAGGAGAGGCUGAAGGACCAGUUAGUUACCAGCCUAUAGCACAUUGCCCCGAGACGACCUGGCGCAUGACCUUUGGGUUUGACACAGAAAGUGGGCAAAUAAAGCUUUUUUUCUGUAGCAUCAACAUUACCAGAGGCCUUACUAAGCUAUAGGCCAGGUUAGAUCACUAAGUGAAGUAAUUGAAAGACUUUACUGAGUCUUUCUCACCAAAUAACCUACAAUAUUUAAAAGUCUAUUAACUGAUUCAUGGGAAGACUUUCUUAUGGAAACUUAGGGAUUGUUUGGGCUGGUUUGAAAGUAAAACUCAUUUUUCCAGAGCCAUUUAGAUAUGAACUGUGUUGCAGGAAUUGAAUGUUGGUUGUAUUUAUUCAGCUUCCACCUGCCUGAGAAACUAAGCCAAGCUGAACUGUGGCAAGCAGGUUUAAACCACCAUAUCCAAUUCAUGCACAAAAUGUUUCCUAUUUGUCGGAGAUGAUAAUAAACACUCUUAUUGAUUGAAAGACUCUCACUGACUGGUUUAUAUGGAUAAAACUUAUAAAUUGUUAGAAAUAGGAUUCCCAGAAGACAUAUUCAUGCAGAAGGGUUUGCCUCACUGCAAACUGAUUUGGUGCAGUUGCACCAGUUUUAUUUCUGUUAUUAAAACAAUAAAUCAGAAUUAAACCCACCUAGAUCUACACAAGGUUAGCAAACCUGCUAGAGAUCAACUGAAAUGAAACAUAAAAAGUUACUUUUAAAUUGAAAAAGCACCCAUGGAGAUCUUUAUCUGCUAGAAAUAAUUAUACUCUUCCAUCAGCUCAUCAGUAUGUAACUUUA